AUGGAGAGCGCAUCUCCAAGAAAGCAGCAACGUUUGCACAACAACCAGCUGCUCAAGAGCAACCUGGCGCUAACAAGACCGCUGAAAACUGGCUUCGUAGUCGCGCAGGGAGGUCUCUCAAAGAUGCCUGACUUAAAGAGCCCCCCUGAAACAAGGCAGAAAUACUACUUGGAGAAUCCAGACGGCGGCUUUCCUCUUGAAGAGUACCCUACAGUCUUUCGCGAUGGUCGCACAGACCGUAGCCGCUACCCUAGAAUGAUAUGCGCUGACGUCGAACGCCCUCAGGUCCUCCAAAACAGCGUCCAUGGAGCUCAAGACAGGGCCAACAUGCCGAUCGACCUGUCGGUCAGCGAACAGCUCAGAGGCUUCGAGAGGCAGCGUAAAGAGCUGUUGCGAGCGGUGUUUGACGCGGAAACGACGGCGUUGGCGUUCGCCACGAACCAAAAGGAUAUUCACCUAGUUAUUUCUCGUUCGGCCGCGUUAGUGGAUAUUUGGGAGGGUGCAGCGACACAAAUGGUCAUGUAUUCUGACGAUGAAGCGAAAGAUGCGUUGCUCCAGUCGCAGACUUGCGUUAUCAACGCAAACACAUCUCUUGAGAAGUACGUAUGUGAUGCAGCAGAAACUAGUCAAAUAUUUGCAAGUAUUUAUGAAGGGAGAGAACAUUACACGGCCAAGACAACAAAGCAUUUGAAGAACUUGUAUUGGAUGGGAAAAGAGAGGCUGGAAGAGAUUCUACAAGACACUGGAGACCGGCCAGCAAAUAUUACCCUGGUUAAUCCUGCAGCACAGUAUCAAUUGGCGAUGGCUACGACAGUGAGUGAUGCAUCUGUAGCUCUAGAGGCCCCGGUUCGAGCAUCAUCCCCUGAUGAAGUUGCACCUGCUCACCGACGCAAGCGGCUAAAGAUCCCUCCAGUAACUCCUCAGAGUAGCCUCCCUUCAGUAUCAAAUUUGUUGAGUGAAGAUGCCCGUGACGUUAGUGCUGAUGUAUCCACCGCUGCAGUUGGUGGUGAUGCAUCUAGUGGUGGCAAUGAUUGUGGGAAUGAGCCUGGCAGUGAUGAAGAUCUGAACAGGAGUGAAGAGAUUGCUGUUGACAGUAACAGCGAUGCAGAAUUUUCGAAUGGUGGAGAUAUGGAGAGUGACGAGUCUAGCAAUUCUGAUGAAAGCGUUUUCGAAGAUGCCAAUGUGGAGAAAGCUGACACAAGUAUCUUGAGGACAGUGGAAAUUCUCGGACUGUGCACGCCUACCCGUCAGAUUUGA